UUCCGCCCGAUAAGCUUGAAGGGAAACUGACCCCCUCCCAAAAUUCUGGGCAUCCAGCAUGUGCUUCUGUACUGUACUUCAACUGAGGCUGCAAACUUGACCUCAUCUCCUCCUUCCAUCCUCCUUCCAUCGGAGAUGCGCUUCUCACUAGCCUCCACCCCAGCAACUCUUACCUUGUUGAUGGACCAUCAUGGAUGAUACUAUUGCCGAACCCAUCGUCAAUCGCGAUGAACCGAUACCUGUGAUAUUUUCUGACAAGCAAAAACAUGGUACAAAGCACUCGAGACCUGGGGGACACAAGCGAUCAGUCUCGAGCGUCGGGCGAUCUCUGCAGGACAGGCUGUUCUCUAAAAUUCUAGAGCAGGUAGUGCCCACGGAAGAUGCCGAUAAGGAAUUAUGGUCUGGCGGCGACAAGACUUUCGCCGCAGACCCCAAGCGGCCAGCGUUCAGCCUCCCGGUCAUGGCAAAUAACUUUCGCAGAUUCAAUGCAAGAAUCGGAAUUGUCUUCACGUUCCAGAUCCAGGUUGAGCGCCUGUUCAGUUGGAAGAAGGCCUCCCACACGCUUUCAUUUCUCUUCAUCUACUCCUUCAUUUGUCUCAACCCGCACCUCUUCGUAUUGGUGCCGAUAUCGGUUAUUCUCUUCUUCAUCAUGGUGCCUGCAUUUCUGGCGCGACAUCCCCCGCCUCCUUCAACAUCCACCUCAAGUAUUACACCUUACUACUCGUAUGACGGGCCGGCCCUGGCACCUGCCAAGACCAUUAAGCCGGCUUCAGAGACCUCGAAGGAUUUCUUUCGCAAUAUGCGGGACUUGCAAAACUGCAUGGCAGACUUUUCGGACGCUCACGAUGCCAUGGUGUCCGCGUUUGCUCCUGUGACUAACUUUUCGGAUGAGAAGCUUUCGUCGGCAGUCUUCUUGUUUUGCCUGCUUGUCGCAGCUCUACUGUUCUUGACCGCGCACCUUGUACCUUGGCGACUUGUCUUCCUGGUAGGCGGAGACUUAGCUGUGCUCUCCCUGCACCCGGGCUUUCAAGACUUCUUCCAGGCUAUAACAGCGGACCUCACGCAGCAACCUUCGGAUCCUGGUUCCAUGGCAGAGAAGCAGCUCAGGAGCGCUGCAACCGCUGCGGGAAUUCCACUGCCCGCUUCCUCCACCAGUGCCAUGUCUCUCGUGGGCUCCUUAGCCAAUAUCUGUCUAGACUCAGACACCGAAGAACGCGAAGUCGAGAUCUUCGAGAUCCAGUAUCGCUCUUUGGCGCCGUAUUCCGAAUCUCAAUGGGACCAUUUCCUCUUCAGCCCAAUGCCAUACGACCCACUGUCACCCCUUCGCAUUGCAGGCGAUCGUCCCAAAGGUUGCCGGUUCUUUGAGGAUGUCCAGCCUCCAAGCGGGUGGGCAUGGAAGAGUAAGAAGUGGGAGUUAGACCUAGACUGUCGCGAGUGGGUGGUCGAGCGCAUGAUCACAGGGGUGGGCUUUGAGGUACCUGGAAGCGCCUCUGAAGACCAAGCAGCCAAUGGAGAAAUCGGAGGCUGGGUCUGGGAUCUACCCCCUGCAUUUGUUACAAACGACAGCGCUGUGGCGCCUGGUCUGGAAACCGAUGCCUUUCACGAUCAUUCCCACGAUGGGAAGGGCUCUCUGAGGAAGAAAGGAAAGGAACGAGCCUCGCAAGAUUAUGAGGAGAGAGGUACGACGGGUAAGAUGGGCGAGUGGCGGAGAAGACGCUGGAUCCGUAUCGUACACAGAACUAGUAUUCCGAAGAUUGAUAGCAGACACUUAGCGGUGCCUAAUAAGUUCUCUAACAGAACUGUUGCCUUUCUUCCCUUCCGUCCUCCAAAUACCCGCGGGUGUUAUCUUCCCUCGCUUCUUCAAACUCAACGCGUUAAACUUUUGUCACUCGUUGGGAGCAAUCCAAUGCUGAUAGAUAUGAAAGAUGGAGCAUCAAACUCCUGUCAUUGGCUAUGGGAUUCACCCAAUGCCCGACCGUCGCUCUGUGCUUUGGAAUACUUAUCCCUUGCACCAGCGGCCGUUAUCCUGAUCAUUGCACUGAACCACGUACUCUCCCAUGGGCCUUUGACGAAACGUCCAAAAUGGACAAUCCCAUUCGUUCAGGAGGAGCCAGCAUCAAUAGAAUUGCCCAUUGAACGGCCGCAACAACGGGUCGCAUGGGUUGCAGCCUUGUUUGCCAUCUCACUGGUUGGCUUCCUAGCCGACCUAACCAGCGUCAUUCUUAGUGGUUCUGCCAUCAGUAUCGCAUUACCUGUAUCCUGGGCUCUGGCGGCUACCGUGAUUGCAGUCGUACGCCCGAGAUCAUGCCCCGCAUCUUUGCUCGCCUUCUUUACCAUCGCAUUGGUGGUUGAAUCCGCAUAUCUCAUCAACAAUGACGUGUAUCCUGUCUCUCGCCUUUUCACUCGCCAUGUAGCUGCUGCCGCAGCCUUGGUCGGGUCUAUGGUCAUUCUUGCAAUGCCCUUUCGUAGCCAUAGGCUCACGCAAGACGACAUCAGCAAGGUCGGCCAAUUGCCAUCCAGCGACUUCCGCAGUCCCGAGGACAACUUGCGCCUUUGGCAGUUCUUAAGUGUGUCCUGGAUGGCUCCACUGAUAUCAAUGGGCAAGAAGAAACAACUGCAGGAAGAAGAUGUUUGGUUCCUGGGAUACGAGUUCCAGCAUCGUAGGCUGCAUGAGAAGUUUCGGCAGCUAAGAGGCUCAGUUCUUGGACGGUUACUUCAAGCGAACGGAAUUGACGUGCUAAUAAUAACAUCCAUAUCUAUUGUGCAAAUGCUUUGUGAUUUCUCUACCCCUGUCUUGCUUCAGCAAUUGUUGCAGGCGAUGAAGGAUCGAGGGACUUCGAACAGACCGGCUCUGACUUAUGCACUGCUAAGCCUGGUGCUGCGAUUGGUACUAGCGCAGGCUCAGGUACUCAAUCUGUGGUAUGGGAGACGUGCCUAUGAGAGGAGCCGAGGUGAGAUGAUAUUGAUGGUUUACGAAAAGGCACUUUCCAGGAAAAAUGUCUUCGACCAAGAAAUCAUCAGUGACAAAGAGAAUGACACCGGAUCCACCGAAGAAAGUGGCGAGAGAGGACCGGACUGCAAACAGACCAGAUGGUGGUGGCCAUUCCUGCGCUCCCAGAAGUUGAUGCCAAAGGAGAGGAUCAAGAAGACAGCAUCCAUGGGCAAGAUCUUCAAUCUACUACGUGGCGAUGUUUACGAAGUAGCCCAGAGAUUUUGGGAAAUUGACUCCCUUAUUGACAAACCACUAGGGCUCGUCAUCGCCACUGUUCUCGUCUGGAAACUGCUCGGACCGUCAUGCUUCUUGGGCGUGAUAGCCAUCUUGGUUGCGCAGACCCUUAAUGCGUUCAUCACUCGUACACUACUGCGAUGGGAGCGUGUCCGUCGCUUAGCAACCGAUGCUCGACUUCAAAUAUCCUCUCAAUUUGUCGAAGCCCUGCGCCAUCUGCGCUGGUAUGGCUGGCAGAACCACUGGCUCCAUCAGGUCAUGGACGCCAGACAGUCUGAGUUAAAGCUUCGAAUUGUUACGAGCCUCUGGAAUGUCCUCAUCCGCUUCAUCAACACCCUAGCUAGCGGUCUCUUUCCUGUGGUUGCAUUGUAUGCUUACACGUUUCUUGCGGGAAACCCGCUGCGCAUCGACAUUAUCUUUCCUGCCCUUCAACUGUUCACAAUGCUUGAGACUCGACUAAGGGAUAUCCCAAGUCUCAUUACCGUGCUCAUAAACGCUUCUAUUGCCAUGGAGAGAAUUGAGGACUUCAUGGCCGAACCUGACAAAGAGAAAACGCGGAGUAGUGAGGAUCGAGCCUCUGUUAUCAAACUGGAAUCAUGCACUCUUGCUUGGCCCGGAAGAACAUCACCUGUGCUCUCUAACGUUAAUCUGAAUGUGCCUCAAGGCCUGACCGUUGUGCAUGGUAAAGUGGGCUCCGGGAAGACGGCUUUGCUUCAAGCUCUACUGGGCGAGCUGGAUAGACUGGAAGGAGAGUCUUACAUUCCAAACGAAACGGUUGGAUUCUGUGGCCAGACGCCUUGGCUACAAAGCAUGAGUAUCAGGGAUAAUAUCUUGUUCUCUUCACCGUUUGACGAGCAACGAUACAAGCUGGUGCUGGACGCCUGCGCCCUUAUUCCGGAUUUAUCCAAUUUCAAGCACGGUGACCUAUCUUUCGUGGGUGAGAAUGGUAUCGGCCUCUCAGGAGGGCAGAAAGCACGAGUGGCUCUCGCACGGGCAAUGUAUAGCUCGGCCAGGGUACUACUACUGGACGAUCCUCUAUCUGCUCUAGACCACAACACAGCAGAAACGGUUGUUGAAAAAUGCUUUCAGGGCCCGCUCAUGCGCGAUCGCACUGUGGUUCUCGUAACUCACCGAACUCAUUUAGUCGGUCACAUUGCCGAUCAGAUAGUCCACGUUGAGAAUGGGCGGGUCGCCGUGGAGGUCAAGCAGCAUGGAUCGUCUGACAGCAAAGAAGAUCAGGAAACUACCCCGUCUGGAACCGCAGAGACCCCCAUUGAGGGUGGGGUUGCUCCUGAGGAUGCAACUGCUGCGAUUCCCACAAAGUUCAUAGAAGAAGAACAUCGAGCGGAAUGGGGAGUGCAGGCGAGAGUCUAUUGGAAGUACAUCCAAGCUGGCAAGUACCGGUGGUGGCUCGCCCUCUCUGUGGUAUUGACAAUCUACCGACUUUCUUCCGUGGGCCAGUCAUGGUUCCUCAAAGAAUGGGGAGAGGCGUACAAGCAGAUGCUGCUAUUCUUUGAACACUCGAAUCUUAACCACGUGUCUUCUUAUUCAGAAUUGACAACCACAUCAGCAAUGGCAAAUGACAUCAAUUGGUCCCCUCGCGACCCAUUCGGCAGCUUCCCAGCACCAGACGAGAAUGUCAAACCGUGGCUGUUAGCAUUUUUGAUCAUCACCAGCUUCCAGUCCCUGAUGCUCUUGCUUGCGCAGCUUCUCAUGCUUGUGAUUGUCUAUUGUGCUGGCCGAACACUGUUCCAGGAGGUCAUGGUAAGAGUGAGCAAUGCCACUUUUCGUUUCUUCGAUGUGACACCGGUGGGCCGACUGAUGAAUCGAUUGACCUCCGACAUUGGCGUGGUUGAUGGGAACAUCAGCGAACAGUUCCAGAUGAUCGCCUUUCAAGCCAUCACUUGGGUAUCUUCAAUUGCUGUCAUCGCGACCGUGACCCCGACGUUUCUGGGCUUCUCGCUCCUGCUCACUGCGGCCUUUGUCCUCAUCUUCCAGCGCUUUCUCCCCACUUCGCAAAGCCUGCGGCGUCUCGAGAUGGUCUCAUUAAGCCCAUUGAUCUCUAACUUUGGCGAGCUAUUGCAUGGCCUGACAACUGUGCGUGCCUUCCACGCCGAAGAUCGCUUUCAAAAUCGCGUCAUCGCCGUCGUGGAUAAGUUCCAAGGCAUGGACCACUUCUACUGGUCACUCCAGAGCUGGUUGAUGUACCGCUUCGAGAGCCUGUCUGCUGUUUCCACCUUUUGUCUUACUGUCCUCGCUCUGUACACCAGCGUCAGCCCCGGACUAGCAGCUUUCGUCCUCAUCGCUGCCAAUAACUUUGUGACCUCCACCCAUGCCCUGUGCAAGCAAUACGGCCAGCUGCAAAUGGACUUUGUGUCAGUUGAGCGGGUCGACGAACUGCUGCACGUCGAGCAAGAGCCCGCCGGGACGAUUGAUCCACCAGCCUCGUGGCCCAAAUUCGGGCAGGACAUUGUCUUCGAGGAUGUGACAAUCCGUUACGCGCCGCACCUCGACCCCUCCCUCCGCAACAUCACCCUGCGCAUCCCCGGUGGCUCCACGACUGCCAUCAUUGGUCGCACCGGCAGUGGCAAGUCCACACUGGCGGUCGCCAUGCUCAGCGUCGUCCGACCCGAAUCAGGGCGUAUCCUGGUCGACGGCCUCGACAUCACGCAGGUCACCAUCCAAGCCCUCCGCUCCCGCGUCACCUUUGUCGCGCAGGAUCCUGUCCUCUUCCCCGGUGAUAUCCGUCUAAACAUCGACCCGACGGGCGAGUACUCCGACACUGAAUGCGCCGAGGUGCUCAAACGGGUUUGCAGCCGCCAUGGAUGGACUCUUGAGACCCAGGUUGAAGCUGGAGGCCGGAACCUGAGUCAGGGGGAGCGGCAAUUGAUCGGGCUGACGCGGGCGGUGCUCCGACGGAGUCCCAUUGUCAUUCUCGAUGAAGCGACGGCGUCGAUCGACCAUGAAAGCUCGUUGGAGAUCCAGCAGAUCCUGCGUGAGGAGAUGAAGGAGUCGACAGUGGUGACCAUCGCGCAUCGAUUGGAGGCUAUCAAGGAUGCGGAGUAUUAUAUUGUUUUGGAUAAAGGAGGGGUGGCUGAGCAGGGAUUCGUUCAGAAUAUGUAGACGACGUCGUUGCAUCCAAUGAUUGGACUUAGAAUUAAACAGCUUAUGUCUGCAUUUGUACUAGGUGUGUACAGAGACCAAUAAGACG